AUGGUUUAUAUUACACUUAUACCUUUUGACGUCUACAAUGCAGUCAAUCAUUACAAGACAGUUAUUUUCAACAUAGAUUUAUAUACUUUCUACCUCUGUGAUUACAUCAUUUUGAUUGGCUUGUGUUUCAUCGUUUUGCCAUUCACAUACUUUUACGCGGAGGAAUCAUUAGAAAACGAGGAUGAUAUUGAUUUCUUUUCCCUUGGGGAAUACUCUGACGAUGAUGAGGAGUUUGAUACUAUAAGUACAGGGUCUUCUUCAACUAUGCAAGUUAAAGGAGAAAAGAGAAGCAAGAAGCAUUCUUUGAAUCAGCGACUAAAGCAAACUUGGACUAAAGCAGUGAUAUCCUUUAAGAAAACAUCUCUAUUUAUUGGAGGUUUAAGUGUGCUUUUAAUAGUUAGCUACUUCUUAUAAAAUACUGUUUUCAGACAAACUGAGGAAAAUGAGAAAUAUAUGGACAGCUGGAAGAAGCAGAUAUUUGAUACAAAUCAAUAUGGAGAGACAUUUGUGAGAUUUAUAGUCACACUCAUGAUCUUUAUUGGAGCAAUCUUUAAACUACUUUACAAUUCCUAUGGAAUGGCUUCAAUGCCUUUGCUAUUGAUAAAGGGUUAGAAAUCUUUAGAGGAUGAAAGAGAUGCUAUAAGCAAGUCAAUUGAGUAAGUUAGGGAGUAACUUAGAGCUAUCUAAGAAAAAUAUUAAAAGUCUCACGAAUAAGUGUCUAGAAAAGAUAAAUAAGCUUUAAGAAAACUCCGAAAAGAUGAGAAAAUGUUGAAUACUAAAUCAAACAAAAUUGAAAGCACGAUUUAAAGAUGCCUUAGUAUUUCCUUAUUAAUUAUCUCAUCAAUUGUUGCAGCAAACAUUGAUAAAUUGUUGAAUUCAACUUGUGGCUUUCACUGUGGUUACUUUAUUGACAAAUAUACUUUGUUCAACCCUCUUGAUUGGACGCUUGUUUAACUAUCAAAAGUAUUCCCUCUAGAUUUGAUUUUCAUUUCAAUUAUAUUGAUAUAUGUGCUAGUAACUUGCAUCUUUGGUAUAGUAAGAUUAGGAGUUAGAUUCAUGCAGAUCUUCAAUGUAAUUUAAUAUCAUUUAACUUAAUUACACUAGGGUUAUACUAUAAAGAAGAGAGAGACUUAACCAUAAGCCUUGAAUCUAGCUGCUGUUUUGAUUAUUCUUAUGGUAUUUGCAUUCUCCAUGCAACUAAUGACGAUUUCUCCUCAGUACACUACUUUUGGCUCAUAAAGAUUAGAAGAUGGAACCCCUUGUGGACUAGAGUAGAAUCAGACGAGAUUAAAGCACUCUAAAUUUGCUUAAUGUGAAAUGACAGAGAUCUCCUCCUUUUACAAUAAAAUCCUGCUUUCAAUGCCUUUGUUUAGCAUUGCUUACUAUUUCCUUAGUUGGAUUUUUGUGACAACCUUCACCAUAUUUUUACUCUACAGUCUUACUAAAAAAGCCGAGAAAAACUUUUCACUUAGUGAGUAUAAUGAAGAUGAGAUUUUAGAUCUAAAGUCAUUCAUAGGGAAAUCCUCAUCAAGUGGUAAACUUGGACUUAGCAAUCCCUAGGAUUCUGAUGAAGAUUGA